GAUUCGAGCCUCCAAACUUCUGCGACUGCUCUGCAGGAUUCCGAAACGUGCAGAGCAUGGCAUCCAAUGUAUGCCCUGCCCUGCGCAAUGCGCCGAAGAAAGAUGAAAAAAAAUAUGUCGAGAACCAUCUUGCUGCUUGCCACUGCAAUGAUGCACCGUGCCAGCAACGUGACAACACCAUGCAACUGCCCAGAAAACGGCUCAAGCUCAAAAUAGCAUUUUCUGGCAGCUCGUCCACAGCGUCAGCCAUGUGCCUUUUUAAGCCUGAGACUAAUCAGACCACCGAGACCAUUUCCUCAUCUCCCUCAUCUCAGACCGAAUCUGGAGGAUCAAAGGCAGAGGCUCGCCGGCGCAAUGUCCAAGAAAAGAAACUCAAGCUGGAAGAAAUGCUACAGACAGCUGCAGCUGCCAGUAAAGCAGCGUCCACUACCACUUUGAAGAGGCGGAUCCGUCAGCGGCUCCACAAGAAGUUGGGCAGUGUGUUCUCCAAGAAAGAUUUUGCCUUGGCCAUGGAACGUUUCAAGCUGUUGGAGGCUGAAGAUGAAGACCGAGAGCCCAUGCCUUUCGAGCCCGAAGCCCUACUUUCCGGAAACCUUCCUGUACGCUUCACUUUCAUUCACUUCAGCACACCCGCAAGACGCAAGCGUUCGCACUCAGUCUGA